AUUACAGGUAACAUCCGGUUUCAUUUUACACUGAGUGACACAUAUACAGGAUAAGAUCAUGUUGAAUGUUGUAAAGUCAAAAACAGUAUGAUAACCAAGUGCCAUGGAGUCCUUGGCAGAUAUCAGUGGAGGUGGACUCUACAAUUUAGCUUCAUCAACAAAUCAUCAUAAAUCUGUCAAGUACACAAAACUUCUGUCACACAACGAAGAUGGAGAAGAUGAGGAAUUAUUUGAGGAAAGUUUAGAACAAGUGGCCCUGAUAGAUGAUAGUUCCGGUGAUGAUUUAUACGGCUCUUCAAACGUAGAAGGUGGAGAAGUUUUUACAGUGGAGGAUGCGGUGGAAUCCAUUGGUUUUGGGUUCUUCCAAAUCCGCCUAUACAUCAUAUGUGGUCUCUUUACUGCAGCAGAUGCUUUGGAGAUGAUGUUGCUGGCAGUACUCUCCCCUGCUCUGCGUUGUGAAUGGCAGCUUGAUCAUUUCCACGUAGCCUUUUUAACUACCGUUGUUUUUAUUGGGAUGUGUAUCAUGGCUCCCUUCUGGGGAUUUUUAGGAGAUAAAUAUGGAAGACAGUCUACACUGUACAUGGUGACAAUGUGGAUUGGUUACUUUGGAUUUUUAACUACAUUUAGUCCUUCCUUUAUUUGGGUUCUCAUCUUACGUGGUCUUGUUGGAGCUGGACUCGCAGGAUCACCUCAAAGCUUUGCAUUAUUAGCUGAAUUCUUGCCAUCAAAAUCAAGAGCAAAGAUGUUGCAGAUUGGUGGGGUUGCAUGGGCAUUCGGCACUGUCUUUGAAAUUUCCCUAGCCUCCAUAGUCAUUCCAGCACUAGGGUGGAGGUGGCUUUUAGCUCUCUCAGCACUUCCUUCUUUUCUCAUCUGUGUCUUAAUUAAGCUCCUUCCAGAAUCAGCCAGAUACCUAGUUGCUGCCGGUGAAAAAGAGAAAGCACUUAGUAUUCUUCAGAAAGCGGCCAAAUUAAACAAGUCAAAACUUCCCAAAGGAGGACUCACAGCAUCACAUGUUGGAACUAGGGGGAAUUUCUUUGAUCUCAUGUCACCAGAAUACCGUCGCACUACGAUACAAAUGUGGUUGAUGUGGUUUGUUACUGCCUUCUCCUACUACGGAAUGGUGCUAGCUAGUGCUGAGAUUCUUCAAGUCCAUAAUACAAAGGGAGAUACAAAGGAUGUAGAGAACUGUAAAUGUAACCUCCUGAAUUCAGAUGACUACAUAACCAUGCUAUUAUCAACCUUUGGAGAAUUUAUAGCACUUCCCUUGAAUCUGUCACUUAUAGACAGAAUUGGCAGGCGAUACACAGGGGCUGUAAACAGUUUUGGAAUGGCCCUCUUUUUCAUCCUUCUACAGAUCCACAUGCCAAAAAGUUUACUAACAGUCAUCAUGUUUAUGGUGCGAGGAUUCUCUCAAGGAUUAUUUAAUUUUGUUUAUAUUUACACAGCAGAGGUAUACCCUACAACUAUAAGAACAUUAGGAAUAGGAACAGCUUCUGCCUGGGCUCGAGUUGGAGCCAUGUUGACACCAUUCAUUGCUCAAGUUUUAUUAGACAAGUCCUUGUCAUCUGCCGUAUGGGUGUAUGGCUCUCUGGGAACACUGGCUGCUCUCUGUGCAAUUCUUUUACCAAUUGAAACAAAAGGGAGAGUCUUACCGCAAUCCAUUUAACCAUCAGGAACAGAAGGCAGCAUCAGAAAUGCUGUAUGGACAUGGGGUAUAUUAUUCUCACUGGAGGUUAAUACAUCAGAUCAUUUAGACUUUUACAGAUUAUGUAUACACAGAUUAUUUAUCAAUUAUUUAUAUGCAUUUUUAAAACCUGCUUUAUUUUUAAAAAAAUUUUUUAAGACAGGAAAUGCUUUUAUAAGAAAAACACUGUCUGCUUAUGAAACCUAUGCCAGUAUUUGAGGCAUUUGGAUGCUAUGCAAUAAAAAUGUAAUAAAACAUGCCGAUUUUAAAUAAAUUUUUAUUAACAGAUAAA